AAUUUAUUCCAAGAUGGCGGAGGUUGAAAAUUUACUUCUCUCACUGAUUGAGAAAGAAAUCCCCGAAGGACGACAAGCAUUGAGAGAUGGCCAUGAAAAUCUGGCUAAGGUAGCAGAAUACUGCGAAAAGAAAUAUCUGGAGACAAACAAUCGGUUUAAAUCGGGCGGAGACAGGGCGAAAGCGCUCGAGGAGUCAAGGGCUGUUCUCGACGAGACGAAACAAUUCGCGACGCAGUCCCUGGCCAGUGUAGCUUAUCAGAUAAAUUCCUUAGCUAUGAACAUGCUUGGCCUGUUAGAUCAACAAGUUUUGAAGUUACAGGAAAUGGAGUCGCGGAUAAAUCAUAUAUCGGAGGUAUGUUAAAUAUACCUACAGAUUUGUCAGUAAAUCAAAACCGGAGUGAACACACCACGAAAUGUAAAUAAAGUUGAACUGAUGUUGCUUCAAGAUGCAAAACUAUGUCCAUUACAGUGAAAGUGACCUCUUCAUAUCAAUUAAUUACUUGUAAUGUGAAUUUAAACCAGCUUAGAAUUAUUCAUUUUUAAAAGGUAUGUGAUAAACUUUAUUUAAAUUUUAUUUUUUAUUUGGCAACUUUUUCCUGAGGAAAGAGAGGAUUACCAUCAAAGUAACAUCCUUCUUCAGUGGAUAAACAUGGAUGAUGAUUGAAAAACCCUCUUUUUGAUACCUGCCAAAUUUUUUUCUUAAGACGCAGGAUUUUAUACGGCGCGCACAGUACGUUCUUGAAUUGAACCUGAACAUAUACGUAGAAUUUAGAAAAUUUCCAAAGAAGUUCAGAAUAUUUCUGACUAUAUUGCAAAGGUUUCUUGAAGAGUGGAGGCAAAUUUCUUUACAGUGCUCUCUCUUCAACAAUCUUAGGUUCAACUCAAUGUUAGAUCAUUCAACAUCAACACUAUCAUGUGUACAAAAAUGUACUAAAGAAAAUAAAAAAAUUGUAGAACUCUUUAAAAGGAUACAAAAGUAGGGAACAAAAAAUUAAAACAUUUUAUGACACAAAGCUUAUCCAGUUACAGGUAUCCUGUUUAUUUACUGUUUUUUUUAGGCUUUAUCAAAUAAGUUAUAGGCUUCUAAAACCCUGUGAGUUCAUGGCUUGUGUAGUUAUAACUCCUGUAAGACAGCUUGGUUCUGAAAGCCUGAAAGCAUCUUACCUAUCCACUACAGUGAUUACAUAUGGGCAAACUUUUUAGGGCUGUGUUGGUGGGAUCACAAGUCUUUUGAUUCACAGUUAAAAUCAUGCCUAAGGCAUGGUAAUUGGGGGCAUGGUUUAUGGUCUAUGUUUGAAAUUCUCAUGGUACAGUUAAUUAUUACCAGUAAUUCAGGGGCAUAGCCAAGAUUUUUUAAAAGGGGGAUUACACUCUGUCAAGCAGAGGAUAUGCACCAGUUUUUUCCACCUGAAUAUUAUUGGUUGUUUGUCUAACUCACAAAGGGGGAAUCACAGGCAUCCCAGGACCCCCUAGCUAUGCCCUUGUGAUUUUAACCAACCACUGUAUUGGUCUUGUUAGACUGUUGACAUUCACAAAGAGAAAGUGGCUCGAAGGGAGAUAGGUGUGUUAGCAUCAAGCAAAUCAACUGGACGCACUCACAGAAUCAUAGCCCCAGCUGAGCAAGAGAAGCCUGUCAGAUACAGCAGAAGAACAACUGAUUAUUCCCUGCUUGAUCAAUUAGGUAAAUAGUUUUUUGUAAAAUUAACCUUAAGUACAAUUUGGCUUAAAAAUUUAGAGGCUUUAAUUUUGGUUUUUGGCAGAUUAGUGGGCCAGUCUUUAAUCUGUAUAAAAAAGGGAAAACUCUAUGAAUAAGUGAAUGUGACAAUUCAUGUUUUUGGCCCACCUUUUUUGAUUGAAUUUUCCAUCUUGGAAUUGUCAAAUGCCUAGUUCUCUGCUUAAUCAAAUUUGUGUGUCAGAACUGUUUGAAGAGCUUUGUCUUUUGCAGGGCAUGGAGUCAAGACAAGUGAUCGUCAAGAUAGCCGGCGCCGUCAAAGCAGCAAGAAAGUGAAGCCACAACAGCAACAAGCUGCAAACAGGGGGAGCCAGCGCCAACCAGUUGCAGGGACAACGAGAAGAGCACCACUUAUUAAGCCUCCACCUCCUCCUGUUCCUCCACCAAUGCCUCCUUCUGUUCCCUCCUCAGAACUAGGUCCAACCCCUCCUCCUUCUGUGCCUGUUCCACCUGCUACUCCAUCAUUACCAGGUGAUGGUGCCAUAGUCCCCCCACCUCCUCCACCCCCAGGAAUGCCUUCUGUUCCAUCACCCACUGGCAUACCACCUCCACCACCACUCCCUGGUUUUGUAUCCCCUCCUCCCUACCCCAGUAUGGGAGGACAAGUACCUACCCCACCCCCUCCUCCAGCUUUGAAUGCACAUGGUGGUGCAAUGAACCUUCCUCCACCAGGUAAAUAUAUUUUUACAGAACUGCAUUUACUUGAUUUAACAUUGCUUUUGCAUUAAUUUUUCUUUAGAGUUUUCAGUGUGUCAUUUAUUUGAGGACAACUUCCAUCUCAUUUUAUAUAUCAGAUAACAACUGGGAAAAAUCGCUUUAAUGAAGAAAUGUAAAAUGGUUUCCGUGUUUACACAACCUGAUGUAAACACGCUGGAGGUUGGGAGAACAUGAGAUAAGUGUAGGAAACCACGACGCGAAGCAGAGUGGUUUCCAGCUUAUCGAGUGUUUUCCCAACCUCCCGCGUGUUUACAUCAGGCUAUGUAAAUACGGAAACCAUUUUACAUUUCUUUUAUAAAAUAACUAAUGAAAGAGGAACAAAAACCGUGUUUACAUACGCUCAUGUAAAAUGGUUUUAUGGCCAAUCAGAGUGCACGUACUAUUUGAAUUAUUUUAUAAAUUGUCUUGUUAAACAGAAGCAAGUGUAAAUGAAGAGGGAUGGUACUAGUUCAGUAAAAGUCAUGGCAUUCUUUACACUUAAAGAUUAGAUCUUGUUCAGAGAGUUUCUUAGUUAUGGCUUUCCUUAUUGUCAUUUCAGAUUUGAUUCCCCCAUCAGAAGUUGAUGGAGAGAGCACUUAUGAAUCUGUGGUUGGUAAGGAAGCAGUCUUGUCAACUGAAAGCUUAAAGCCUUAUCAGUGCUCCAAACUCUUUGUUUUUCAAAGUCAAAUCUUAUAAAGUUCAUAAAUUAUACUGUUUUCUUGAUAUUCAGAUGCAAUGGGUUUGCCCCCACCCCCACCCUCUGAAGAUGACUUUUACCAGGCCCCAUCAUCCCUUCCCAUGCCUGCACCACCAGAAGAUUUGUAUCAGGUGCCACCCCCACCAGUGGAGGGACAGUCUGGUGUUCCUGAUAACUAUAUUGAGAAAGGUAUGUUAAGUGAAUGGAACUGAGUAAACGAUGGUGAUUUAGGACAUUUUGAAUCCUUUGCACUCUAACAUCAGUAUGCAUGUUCUCCAUACUGUUCCUUUCAAUUUCUAAGGUACUGACAAGGAGAAUUUGUUUAACAAUCAAAAGUUUCUUUACUUGGUGGGCAUUCCCUACAUUCUUAUAGCCUUAAUUUUGAUUCAGGUGUGAUGUUGUUAGAAGAAAUUAGAUGCUGAUCAAUUAUCGUUUGUAUGAAUCACCUCUAGCUAUGCUUAUACUCAUGCACUGUAGUGCUACUCUGUAUUCCGAUGAUUAAACAUGCAUAAAACCUGCAAUUCUCUUGUUUACUCACACAAAGAGCUAACACCUGAGAGUUGAGCUUUGAAAAUGCACCACAGCAAUUCAACUGUCUUAGGUAUUUUGGUAGAUCAUAGUUGACAACACAUUCAGUGUUGUGUACAUUAUUGCUUUUUUUCAUUCUUUCAGUGGUGUCCCUGUACAGCUAUGCUCAACAGAGAGAUGAUGAACUCACAUUCGAUGAAGGAGUGAUCAUUUAUGUUGUCAAGAAAAAUGAUGAUGGUUGGUUUGAGGGUGUCACAGAAAGUGGUGUUACUGGUCUCUUUCCAGGAAACUAUGUGGAAGCUUGUCUUUGAUUCAAGACGUCUCAUUUGGUGAACCAAUUAUAAAAUGUAACUAGAAGUUUGGCACUGAAAGAGAACUUCAAAAUCAGAGGUUUAGCUGAUUACAGACACUGCUUUACAUGAAAGCUAGAAUCUUGCUUAAGUGACAGGCUUUGAGUUCACUGAUAAUCCCUUGUUGACAUUUUUUCUGUUAAUUCUCAUCAUUUGUUGUCUUGAUAUUGUUUAAAUAUUGCAAGGAGAAAUUGUAUCUUGGUCACUUAUGGGGGUUAAAGGAUUCAGAAAUCAGCUAAGCUUGCAGCUAAUGAUCACACAUAAACCUUCAAGUAAAGCCUGAUAAACUGGUUAGAAGCAUUGUACAUUUUAGAGGCACUUCCUUUAGAAUAAUUAACAAUUAUUUACCAAAUGGAGGUGAAUAGUGGUGGGUAUUUACCUGGCCACAAAGUGGCAAGGUAAAUAUCCACCACUUUCAAUGACACUGAAAUGAAUAAUUAUUUUAGUAUAUACCACACAUGUACCAAAAUACUAGUUUGUCUCUUUCAAUAUACGAAAGAAAGGUUGGAAAUGAACCUCGAUGCAUGAUUUUGUCUCACCAGCUUCUCGGAGGUGAAUAGUACUCGCUAUUCACCCCCAAACUAGCCAAUCAGCAUGCAUGAAAAGAACUAUUCAUUUGUGUGGUAUAUACUGAAUACUUGAUAAAGAAGGAAGUGUCUAAUGCUGCCAUUGAUGCUUGCUGAAAUACAUCAUAUUCUAAAAUAUUUUUUAUGAGGAAUAUAGUUAAGAUUAUCAACAGCUGGUUGGUAGUAGGUUAUUACAUAGUCUAUUUUUUGUAUAAAAUCGGGUUUAUGUUAAAGACCAGAAACAUAUAUGGAACAGCCUUUAGGGAUAACGUUUUUAUGGGUCUCCUUUAACACCCCUUUACAGUCAUAAAUUCAAGGUAUCUUUUUUGUUAUGUAGUUUGGUAAAGAAGAGAAAAAUGGAAUUUUGAUAUCACGAGAUAUUCAUUUGAUGGGGGAGGAAUGUUAGAAAAGAACACACUCAAAAAUGAGAAUUAGUAUUUUUAAUCUUAUAACUUGUGUAUAAUAAAGUAUCUAUGAAGCUGUAUAUUUAAUUGGUUAUCUACACUACAAUUCAAGGUUGUCUUUAGGUGGUGCUCUCUAGAAUUAUACCUUUGCAGAUAAUCUAUGUUGAUUUGUGAAUUUAUCCUCCUUAAUCCUUAAUUGAUCAUUAAAAUUAAAUUUUCCAUUGGCUUUAAGCAUCUCUUUUAGAGGAGAGAAGAAGACAAAAAA